UUUCAUUUCUUUUUAUGUUUUCCUUCUCAUCUUUUCUAGUCCGCCUCCGCCGCCUUCUUCCUCUUCCCUGUAACAGACAAACUGUGGCCGAUAACAACCUAAAUACUCACUCUGGCCCUGCCGAUGCUGAAGCUUCGACCUCUUGGAUCGACCUCCGAAACCUGGCUCCACCUGUGCGACCCACUCCUUAAGCUCUUUUAUUCAACGAACACGAUCGAGUUUGCUCGCCGCCCACUCGCCGACGUCGGAGUGCGCUUGCCUCUCAAAAUCCUCUUUAGCCUCGCCUCCAAUUUCUUUCCCCAAGGCCUGGGAUUCGUAAAGCUUGAGUUCAAGCUUCCGGUCCGACGAUACGACCGCCAUAACCUCUCCAACGCCAAUUGAUGCCGAGUCCGACUCAGUGUAGUUGUUGUGUUGCUGCUGCAUCAACGUCCUCGUAGACGGAUUGUAGUGCCAGUACGCUCCUGACGCCUUCAAUGCCAUAUCCUUGAUCUGAAAAACCAAACAUUAGCCCUAAUUCACGCAGACUACACACACACAUAAAGUAAUUAGGGUUUCAGAGGUCGAUCCAAGAGGUCGAAGCUUCAGCAUUGGCAAGGCCAGAGUGAGCAUUUGGGUUGUCAUCGGCCACAGUGGUCUAGUCGUCGGUGAUGGGAGGAGGAGGAGGAGGAAAAAGAAGAAGGCGGCGAACUAGAAGAGAUGAGAAGGAAAAUAAAUAAAAAGAAAAAGAAAGAUGGGUUAUACUCGCAAAAUAGAUGGGCAAUUCCCAACUUAAUUUUAUAUUAGUUUUAGACAGUUUUUGCAAUUCUAUUGGACCACGGCGAACUUCAACCAACCUGAGUCGGACACCAGCAUUGCCGAUUAUAACCCAUGUUAAAAAAAUAAAAUAAAAAAUAAAAAAUAAAAUCAUUUGAUUUUGUGGACCCACAUUAGACGGUCAUGUCACACGACCCGCGUCCCAGCAAUUUCGACGACGGUUACACAUUUCUGUUGAAAAAAAAAAAAAAAAUCUCUAUAUUUUUCUCGCUUAUGAACUGAUCAAUAUCACAUUUCUGUUCAGAGUUGGACCUCUGCGAGUAACGCAGAGAGAGAGAGACAACAAUGGCGAAAUCGAGCGCAGACGAUUCAGAGCUUCGUAGAGCCUGUGAGGCCGCGAUUGAAGGCACCAAGCAGAGGAUCGUAAUGUCUAUUCGCGUCGCCAAGAGCCGCGGGAUCUGGGGGAAGACAGCCAAAUUAAGCCGCGGUCAUAUGGCCAAAGCUAGGGUUCUCGCCAUUUCCACGAAACAAAAAGCUAAGCGGACUAAAGCUUUUCUUCGUGUCUUAAAGUAUUCAACUGGAGGAGUUCUCGAGCCUGCUAAAUUAUACAAACUGAAGCAUCUUUCAAAAGUGGAGGUUGUAACUAAUGACCCUAGUGGAUGUACAUUUAUGCUGGGAUUUGAUAACCUUAGAAGCCAGAGUGUUGCCCCACCUCAGUGGACCAUGCGCAACAUUGAUGACAGGAACCGCCUUCUGCUUUGCAUCUUAAACAUCUGCAAAGACGUACUGGGUCAUCUUCCCAAAGUUGUUGGUAUAGAUGUUGUGGAGAUGGCUCUUUGGGCUAAGGAGAAUACACCCACGAUCACUAAGCAAAGAACUGUUCAAGACGGUGAUGGGCCUGUUGUAGCUACAAUGACAGAAAGUGACUUGAAAGUGACUGUUGAAAAGGAACUUGUGUCCCAAGCUGAGGAAGAGGAUAUGGAGGCUCUUUUAGGCACUUAUGUCAUGGGUAUUGGCGAAGCAGAGGCAUUUUCUGAGCGGUUGAAGCGAGAACUUCAAGCUUUGGAAGCAGCAAAUGUGCACGCCAUCUUGGAAAAUGAACCUUUGAUAGAUGAUGUAUUGCAGGGGCUAGAGUCUGCCACAAACUGUGUUGAGGAUAUGGAUGAAUGGUUAGGAAUUUUCAAUGUAAAACUUAGACACAUGAGAGAGGACAUCGAGUCGAUAGAAACCCGCAAUAACAAGCUGGAAAUGCAGUUUGUGAAUACCAAAACAUUAAGUGAGGAACUUGAUAAGCUUCUUGAAAGAUUGCGUGUCCCUUCUGAGUAUGCAGCAUGUCUGACAGGAGGUUCAUUUGAUGAGGGACGCAUGGUUAAAAAUAUUGAGGCAGGCGAAUGGUUAAAUGGUGCUUUACGAAGUCUUGAAGUACCUAAUUUGGAUCAGAGCUAUGCAAAUACCCGAGCUGUUAAAGAGAAGCGGGCAGAACUUGAAAAGUUAAAAAGUACUUUUGCCCGAAGAGCAUCUGAAUUUUUGAGGAACUACUUUUCUAGUUUGGUGGAUUUCAUGAUAAGUGACAAGAGUUACUUCUCUCAGCGGGGACAAUUGAAGAGGCCCGAUCAUGCUGAUCUGCGUUAUAAAUGCAGGACCUAUGCUCGCCUUUUGCAACACUUGAAGAGUCUUGAUAAGAACUGCUUGGGUCCAAUGAGAAAAGCUUACUGUAGUUCCCUUAAUUUGCUUCUACGUCGGGAGGCUCGUGAGUUUGCAAAUGAGCUUCGUUCUAGUACUAAAGCAUCAAGAAAUUCAACUGUAUGGCUUGAAGCUUUCACAGGUUCCAGUCAAAAUAUGAGCAAUGCAGACACUUCUACAGUUUCAGAGGCCUACGCCAAAAUGCUUACAAUAUUUAUACCACUCCUUGUAGAUGAGAGCUCUUUUCUUGCACACUUCAUGUGCUUUGAAGUUCCUGCACUUGUCCCACCAGGAGGUCCUGCCAAUGGUAACAAAACUGGAACCAACGAUGAUGACACCAAUGAUGAUAAUUUGGGCAUCAUGGAAAUUGAUGAGAAUGAAAAAAAAAAGGAGCUGGGAAUACUAAAUGAGUCACUUCAGGAUCUGCUGAAUGGAAUACAAGAAGACUUCUAUGCUGUGGUGGAUUGGGCAUACAAGAUUGAUCCACUGCGCUGCAUAUCAAUGUACGGGAUUACAGAGCGGUAUCUUUCUGGUCAGAAAGCUGAUGCAGCAGGAUUUGUGCGUGUCUUGCUCGAUGACCUGGAAUCUAGAAUUACUAUGCAGUUUGGCCGUUUUGUUGAUGAAGCUUGUCACCAGAUUGAAAGAAAUGAGCGAAACGUUCGGCAAACAGGGGUCUUGUUGUAUAUACCAAGAUUUGCAACUCUUGCAACCCGAAUGGAGCAGUACAUCCAUGGACAAUCAAGGGAUUUGGCUGAUCAGGCAUACACUAAACUUGUUAGCAUAAUGUUUGCAACUUUGGAUAAUAUUGCUAACACAGAUCCAAAAUAUGCUGAUAUUUUGCUAAUAGAGAACUAUGCUGCAUUUCAGAACAGUAUGUAUGACCUAGCCAAUGUUGUGCCCACUUUAGCAAAAUUUUACCACCAGGCAAGUGAAAAAUAUGAACAAGCUUGCACACGUCUUAUCAGCAUGAUCAUAUACUAUCAAUUUGAACGACUUUUCCAAUUUGCUCGAAGAAUUGAGGAUUUGAUGUUCACAAUCACACCAGAAGAGAUACCAUUUCAAAUUGGAUUGUCAAAAGUGGAUCUUCGGAAGGUGGUGAAAUCCAGUUUAUCUGGGGUGGACAAGUCCAUCAGUUCAAUGUAUAAGAAAUUGCAGAAGAAUAUAAGCGCAGAUGAAUUGUUGCCUUCAUUAUGGGAUAAAUGCAAGAAGGAGUUUCUGGACAAAUAUGACAGCUUUGCACAACUUGUUGCCAAGAUUUACCCCUCUGAAAACAUCCCAUCUGUAGGAGAAAUGAGAGAUAUUUUGGCAUCCAUGUAAGGAAGAAGACGGUUGCCAUUGAAUCUCGAAGAGUUUCUUUUUCGGAGUUUUACUACAAUCAAUUUUUCAUUACUUACAACCACCACCCAGAAAAAAUAAAAAUAAAAAAAUUUGAUCCAUUGGUGGAAACAUUUUUAGGUGCAUUAAAAUGCGUCAAGUGAAUUACGUUCCAUUUAGUAAAAUUUUUUGAGUUUUGAGGUUAGCUAGCCAUUGAUUUUUUGACUCAGAAAAAAAUUAAUAACAUAUAGUAACUGCAAGUAUUAUAUUUUUACUAUCAUGGCACUUCUUGUUCCCUCUUUUUCUUCAACCUUACUUUGCUUCUAUUUACAUAUCAUCUGAGUGAGAAAUUGGUGGUCAAAAAAUUGCCAACCAAACUAUACUAGUGACUAUUGUAUGGUUCGUGUGCCAUUUAUGCAAAAUGGGUGUUUUUUUUUUUUUUUUUUUUUUUUU